CCACGACGAAUAUGUCCGAACUGUGCCCUCGGAAAGAGCAUACGGCAUGCAGGAAAGUUAUCCUUCUCAUAGAAACGAGACCCUGUCCCGAACUGCCCACUCGUGCGCGUUAAAUCCGCGAUCUCCAAUAGAAGCCCUCGCAUUAUUGCACCACCUUUCCACACCCGACAACCACAACCACCACCCACCUCUCUCUAUCUGGACGCCCGCUCCGCUGUCUUGCCAUUGCAACUCCGAACCGCUGCUCCUCGACCUCGAACCCGCCCACACUCGUCCCCGCACUGUCCACCAUGGCCGAGCAAAAGGAGUUCACCUACUCGGAUGUCAGCGAGCACACCUCCAAGAAGGACCUGUACCUCGUCAUUCACGACAAAGUCUACAACAGUUCGAGCUUCGUCGAUGAGCACCCAGGUGGUGAGGAAGUUCUGCUAGACGUCGGUGGGCAAGAUGCCACCGAAGCAUUCGAAGAUGUUGGCCACAGUGACGAGGCACGAGAGAUCCUGGAAGGCCUCUUGAUCGGCACGUUGAAGCGACAGGAAGGAGACCCAAAGCCAAAGACUGCCGCCCAACAAGUUGCCGAUGCUCGCAAAUCCGCUUCCCAGUCUGGGGGCCUCGGUGUCGGAGUUUACGCCAUUGUGUUGGUUGGUGCUGCCCUUGCCUUCUUCGCUUAUCAACAGCUCCAGUCGAGUCAGAACAAGGCAUAGGGGGAUACAGAAGGGGCGAGAGCGAGAGGCCGAGAAUUGUGCAUAGAUUGUAGCACUUUGAAUGGAAACGACGUUCACACACACACAGCGGUACAGCAAAGGGCGGUUCACACAAUUCGCAACAACGUGAAGGAAAAGGAGAAUCAUAAAUGGAGGGACCUCGUUGUUAUUGUGGUCCAGCCAUUGGUGCACAUGAGCGU